CAAGCAAAGGAAGAUAUUUUCAUGUGUGUGCUUCUAGCACACCUGUUGCCUUUCUAAGGCACUUUAUGACUAUUAAACAACAUCUCUUUGGUAAUUACAUUUUCUUUACAUUCUAAUUGGUUAUCAAACACGUUAAUGUUGACUGUAAUUAGUUAAUGAAGAAUCUCAAACGACUGAAAUUGGACAACCAAAACGAGUGGUGAAGGUAUCUCGCAGAUUAGAUACCCUCAAUAUGUCUAUGUUUUGUGGGCGGAGCAAGGACCUUCAGAAAAUUGAGGCAAAGCUAUGUUGCGAUGAAGAACACAGACAUGACUCUUCUCGUAAACUAUUGUUUGUGUCAGGACCAGGAGGAGUAGGAAAAACUCGUCUCACUGCCAAAUUUGCAGAAGAAAAGAAAUCUUUCUACCAAGGUGGAGUAUAUCUUUUUAAUGCACAAUCAACGUCAGCGUUUCGUCAAUCACUAGAAACGAAUAUUGUUGAAUCUGAAGUAUGUGGGACAAGCUUAAAGUCAGAUUUAUCAUCUCAAUACAAUUUCUUUGUACACCAGCUGCAGAAGCAAAAAGAAAAUGUGUUAUUCUUGUACGACAGUUGUGACAAGUUGGAGAUUAUUGAAAAGCUCUUGCCAAGAGAAGAUGAGCAAAUUCAUGUUAUCGUCACAACAAGACAACGUGACGGUCACUACUUCUUAGAUCACAGCCCUCACAAAGUGUUGCACCUUGAUGUAUUAGAAACCGACGAUGCUGUCCAAACUCUACUGUCAUGGAAAGGAUAUGGUCAAAACAAUGGCGGUCUUGACGACGAGUGCAAAGAAAAAUCAAGCGCAAAAGUUUUAGUUGAACAGAGACGAAGAUCAGUUGUGAGGAAUACGGUGACUUGCUUGCUAAACGAAAAGAGAAACUGCAAACAAUAG